AUGGCUGGAGAAACAUAUUUUAUUACCGGUGCCAAUAGAGGUAUCGGUUUCGAAAUCACGAAAUACUAUAGUAAUCUUAGUAAAGAUAACAAGAUUGUUGCAACCGCUCGUGAUCCCUCCAAAGCUGCUGAAUUAAAAGAAUUGGCUGCUAAGAAUGGUAAUAUUGAAAUUAUUCCUCUUGCAAUUGAUAAUGAUGAGUCUGUUGCUGCUAUUGACUCGGAGUUAACUAAAAUUGGAGUAGAUGGUAUUGAUAUUUAUGUUGCUAACGCAGCUAUUUCUGAUUCGUACUACACGGUUCUUGACUGUCCAAAGGAUGUUUGGUUAAAUCACUACACUGUUAACUCCUUAGCUCCUAUUUUAGUAUUGCAAAAGUUACACAAGUACUUAUUGAAGAAACAAACCAGAAAAAUUGCUUUCAUUUCUUCUGGUAUUGGUUCGCUUACACAAUACAUUCCUACUCCAAUCAGUGCAUAUGGUCAAUCUAAAGCAGCACUCAACUUCUCUGUAAUUGAAUUAAGUCACGAAUUAAAACCAGAAGGUUUCAAUGUUGUUGCUAUCUCUCCAGGUGUUGUUUCAACUGAUAUGGGUGCUUAUGGUCGUGAAAAUAUCUUGAAACAAUCUCCGCAAUUAGCAGAGAGUCUUGAUAGUAUUAGCUUAACUCCUGAACAAAGUGGUUCACAAGUGGCAAAACUUAUUGAUAGUAUAAAUGGUGAAGUUAACGGAAAGUUUCUUAAUUAUGAUGGUACCGAAAUAGCCUAUUAA